GAACACUCCGAUGCAGGCGAGGACACCAACAGGUAUUGAAACUCCUUCUUCAGGUCUCGCGAGUCCUUCUUUUGGAAGUGGUGUAUUAACCCCUUCCUAUCAACAAAAACCUAGAUUAGGUCAUCCUGGUUCUUUUUCUAGACUGAGAGACUUAGACGAAGAACAACGUGACCCAAAGAAGAAACUUUUGUUUGAGUUAUUGAAGGUUUAUUCGCCAAACGAUAUAAGAUCAAUUCAGGAAUCAAUCGUUAAACAUGCAGAGUACUCGUUGGCUCGUAACCGCUAUAGUAUUGACGACUUUGUUGCCUGCGAAGCGGCUGCUUUGGCACUACGAGAUCGAUUGCUGGAAAGUUGGAACGACACGCAACAAUAUUACAUGAAAAAAGACGUAAAAAGAGUUUAUUAUUUGUCUUUGGAGUUUCUGAUGGGAAGAUCUUUGAAGAAUGCCCUUACCAAUGCUAACUUGGAGGAACUAUUUGCUGCUUCCUUAAAGGAACUCGGAUUUGACAUUGAAAAGCUUUAUGAACAAGAAUAUGAUGCUGCGUUAGGAAAUGGUGGCCUUGGUCGUCUUGCUGCGUGUUUUCUGGAUUCUAUGGCCACUCUCAAUGUUCCUGGUUGGGGUUAUGGUAUUCGUUAUGAAUACGGAAUGUUUCGACAGAAAGUUAUUGGUGGUGAACAAAUAGAAGUUCCUGAUUAUUGGUUAAGUCGAGGUAAUCCUUGGGAAAUUGAAAGAUUAGAUGUCUGUUAUCCUGUUCGCUUCUAUGGUAGUUUUGAAAGACUAGCUGAUGGUCGAGCACUUUGGACAGGAGGGGAAGUUAUUCAGGCUAUUGCCUUCGAUGUUCCUGUUCCAGGGUACGAUACUUAUAAUACGAAUAAUUUGAGAUUAUGGAAGGCAUUACCGUUCAAGGAAUUCGAUUUGGAUGCUUUUAACCGAGCUGACUACUAUAAAGCUAUUGAGGCAGAAGAGAGGGCUACAGCAAUCAGUGCAGUUUUAUAUCCCUCUGAUGGAACGCUAGCCGGGAAAGAGUUGAGACUGAAGCAAGAAUACUUUUUUGUUUCUGCAACACUGCAGGAUGCUAUCAGAAGGUUCAAAAAGAUACCUCGGAGUAUAAAAGAACUUCCCUCCAAAGUUUGUUUUCAAUUGAAUGACACACAUCCAGUGAUAGCCAUAGCAGAAAUGAUGAGAAUUCUUAUUGAUCACGAAGGUCUCAAAUUCUUAGAAGCUUUGGAAGUAACGAGAUCCUGUUUUGCCUAUACUAACCAUACAGUAAUGCCCGAAGCGCUAGAGAAAUGGAGUGUUCCUCUUUUUGAGUCAUUACUUCCAAGACACUUGGCAAUAAUUUACGAUAUCAAUUUCAACUUUUUGGAACAAGUACGAAAGAAGUAUCCUGGAGAUGAUGGAAAGCUCGCAAGGCUUAGUAUCAUUGAAGAAGGUUCGGUUAAGAUGGUUCGUAUGGCACAUUUAGGAAUCGUUGGCUCAUUUGCAGUAAAUGGCGUGGCUGAACUUCACACACAAUUAUUAAAAACGCAAGUUUUUCCGGAAUUCUAUGAACUAUGGCCACAUAAGUUUCAAAAUAAGACAAAUGGUAUAACUCCUCGAAGAUGGUUACUGGAAUGUAAUCCAGCUUUGGCAGAAGUUAUUUCGCGAUGGUUAGAGUCGGAUAGUUGGGUGAAGUACCUAUCGGAGUUGCGUGGAAUUCUAGAGCAUGCAGAUAAUCCAGAGUUUCAGAGAGAAUGGUCAGAAGCACGCUUAGAAAAUAAAAGACGAUUAGCAGCAUUCAUUCAUCAAGUGACUGGAAUACAAGUAGAAGCCGGUGCUAUGUUUGAUGUUCACGUGAAACGAAUUCACGAGUAUAAAAGGCAGUUGUUGAAUAUUUUAUCAUUGGUUCAUCGAUAUCAAUAUAUAUUAUCGCUUGAUGAAGCAAGUCGCAAACAAAUGGUUCCAAGGGUUGUAAUAUUUGCUGGAAAGGCAGCACCUGGUUACAAGAUGGCAAAGAAUAUUAUUCGAUUGAUCAAUGACAUCGGAAGAGUUGUUAACAAUGACGGUAGAAUUGGUAAUCUCUUAAAGAUUGUAUUCCUUCCCAAUUAUAACGUUUCUCUGGCAGAACGUAUCGUAGCAGCUGCAGAUAUAAGUCAACAUAUUUCAACUGCAGGUACAGAAGCUUCUGGUACUUCCAAUAUGAAGUUUUCAUUGAAUGGUUGUCUUAUUGUUGGAACCCUUGAUGGAGCCAACAUUGAGAUUCGUGAAGAAGUCGGUGAAGAGAAUAUCUUUAUAUUUGGAUUGAAUGCUGAGCAAGUGGUUGAGGAACGGAAGAAGCUUGACCCAUCUUAUCCUUUGAAUGACAAACUUACAAAAGUAUUAGAACUUAUUGAAUCUGGAGCAUUAGUCGAUCCUGGGAAACAUCAAGAAGUGUUGGACUCACUACGUGGAGGAAGAGACUGGUAUCUUGUUAGUGCAGACUUUGAAUCUUAUUUGCAAAUGCAGCAGCAAGUGGAUGAAGUAUUUCGAGAUCAUCCAGAGACUUGGCUCAAGAUGUCAAUCCACUGUACUGCUGGAAGUGGCAAAUUCUCUUCUGAUCGAACAAUAUCUGAAUACACAAGAGAUAUUUGGCGAGUGGAACCUUGUCCUUGUCCGGAACCCGUCUGUCCUGACAGUCACGGUAUUGUAGUAUGAUGAUAUCAUAUGGCCAAUAAAAUUUUUCAUUAGCAG